AUGGAAGAUCUUUCUAGUAAUGUAGAGAGAGAAAAUACUAGCGGCUGCCAAGAGGCAAGCCGACCGGUCACAAUGAAAAUCAUAAGCUGGAACGUCCGUGGCUUGGGGAGACUACGGACGGUCAGAAGGCUUCGGCAGAUGCUGAGGUUACAUAAUCCCCAAAUGGUCUUCUUUAUGGAGACAAAGUUAGGCAGACAGCAGAUGGAACGAAUUCGUAGAAGAUGUGGGUAUACAAAUGGUAUUGAAGUUGAUUCAGAAGGUACGAGAGGAGGGUUGUGCUUAGCAUGGAGGAAUGAGGUUGAUAUAUCGUUGAACAGUUUCUCAAAAAGACAUAUUGAUGUACUCGUUGAUGAUAAAGAGAUAGGAUGUAAGUGGAGAUUUACAGGCUUCUAUGGAUCCCCUUAUACACAAGAUCGGAGCGAAUCAUGGGCCGUAUUGAAAAGCCUAGCUACUAAUAUGGACCUUCCAUGGUUUGUUAUGGGUGACUUCAAUGAAAUCAUGUAUGGAGUCGAGAAGAAAGGAGGAUUGCCUAGAGAUGAGAGGAGAAUGGAAUUGUUCCGAAGAGUGCUCGAGGAAUGUCAAUUGUACGAUGUGGGCUAUGAAGGUAGCUGGUUUACUUGGGAAAGAGGAAAUUUGCCGGAGACUAACAUACGAGAAAGAUUAGAUAGAGGAGUUGCAAACGCGGCAUGGAUUAACUUGUUCCAAGCAGUAAGAGUUCAACAUUUAGUGCAUUCGAUGUCAGAUCACUGUCCACUUCUUAUGAACACAAGGAGGUAUGAUGAAAGAAGGAGUUACAGUUUUAAGUUUGAAGCGUGGUGGUCCCUAGAAGAGUCUUUUGAAGAUGAAGUAAGGAAUUUGUGGGAGAACGCAUCAGGAGAGCUGAUUCAGAAACUGGACUUUUUGAAAAAUGGACUACAAAGGUGGGCUAAGCAAAUCCAAAAUGAAAGAAAGAAGGCAAAGCAAAUUCUCAUGAGAAAACUAACGGAGCUGGCUGAGGAGGAAAGAGAUGAUAAGACUUUGGAGGAACUGAUUGAUACAAAAAUUAAUUUAAAUUUUGAUCUCGAAAAAGAAGAAUGCUACUGGGAACAAAGGGCCCGAAUCGAUUGGAUAAGGUAUGGGGAUAGGAACACAUCUUUUUUUCAUGGUCGAGCAUCACAAAGAAGGAGCAAGAAUCUCAUUCGUAGACUACAAAAUGAAGAUGGUAGAGAAAUGGGGGAAUUACACGACAUGGAAGGUAUAGCACGGUCAUAUUUUAAUAAGCUGUUUUCAACAGAAGGAAUGGGGGAGUGCGACCACAUAUUAGAAGGAGUUAAACGAUGCAUUUAUGAGGAAGAUAAUCAAAUGUUGACAGCAGUAUACACCAAAGAGGAAGUUAUGGAUGCAGUUUUUACCAUGGGACCAACGAAGGCACCAGGAGAGAUGGAAUCCCAGCCCUCUUUUAUCAAAAGUAUCUUAAAUGGCGUUAGGGAGGUUAUUUCAAAUCGACUGAGUGGAGUUAUUGGAAAAUGUGUUGAUGAGUCGCAAAGUGCUUUUGUGCCAGGACGGUUGAUCUCAGAUAAUGUGCUACUUGCUUAUGAAAUAAUGCACAAGUUAAAGCAGAAGAGAUUGGGGAAGAAAGGUGUGUUACUUCAGUUUCUUACUCAGUUAUUAUUAAUGGACAUAUUGGAGAAAAAUUCUGCCCAACUAGAGGAAUCAGGGCUGUCAAGCCUGCUGAGAUUAGCAACAUCCAAAGGUGUUUUAAAGGGAGUAAGGAUCAGCAGAAAUGGUCCGCAGAUAUCUCACUUGUUUUUUGCUGAUGAUUGCAUUUUGUUUGGUGAAGCAACAGAUAGGGGAGCCAACUUUUUCAAGAAUAUUCUACGCGAAUACAAGUCAUGCUCAGGGCAGUGGGGAGGGAAGGAAGUUUUUAUCAAGGUUGUUCUUCAGGCUAUUCCGACUUACUCGAUGGCAUGUUUCUUAUUACCCAAAGCACCUUGUGAAGAUAUGGAGAGUAUUAUAGCCAAGUUCUGGUGGCAGAAAGGACAUGGAAAAAAGGGUAUCCAUUGGUGUACGUGGAAAAAUAUUUGUUCCUUAAAAGAAAACGGUGGAUUAGGUUUUAGAAAUCUUGCUCAAUUUAAUGUAUCGUUAUUGGCAAAACAAGGUUGGCGACUUCUUAAUUUUCCAAAUUCGUUAUUAGCUAGAGUUAUGAAAGCUAAAUAUUAUCCACGAUCAUGUUUUCUUAAGGCAGAGUUGGGAAAUUUACCUUCACUCACCUGGAGGAGCAUUUGGGCAGCAAAAGGUUUACUCAAACAAGGACUAUGCUGGAGAGUAGGCAGGGGAGACAAAAUCUCUAUUUGGGAGGAUAAUUGGAUUCCAGGAAUUGAUAGAGCUAAAAGACAAAACAGUUCACAUAUUGGGGAAAUACAGUUAGUCUCGGAUCUCAUUGAUAAUUCAACUAGGAAAUGGAGGGAGAAUCUGAUUAUUAAUACCUUUCAAGUCGAAACAGCCCAGAAAAUAUUACAGAUGCCGUUAGCCGAGACUGAGCACGAUGACAUCCAAGCUUGGAAGGGAGAAUUAUCCGGGGAAUUUUCUGUUCGUAGCGCGUAUAAACUAUUACAAGAGGCUACUCUUAAUCCUACUCAUUACUUGUUAUAG